AUGAUGUAUCUUCCUGCCGUUGAGGUUAUGCAACACAUCACCAAACUUGUUACAUGUCCUGGUCUAGGGGGAAGAUCCAUCCUCCUGAGUGGCCCAGAAUGGCACAAGAUUUCUCACAUCCCAUGUAUAUUAGUUGACCCACUCCCACUCCGAAGAUGUUACCCAGCCUAUUAUGAGCAUUCUUUUUCAAGUGGUGAUGAUUCUGAGAAUUUUUGGGACAAGCAUCCAUUUGAAGUUUAA